CUCAUAGGGAGGAGGCAUUGCCGCUGUCGCUGGUACGCUGACAACAGACGACCGACACUUCCCGCGAGACUGCAGCUAACGAGGAGAACUCGAGGUAGGAUGAGGCAGAGCAGCACGGCCAAGUGAACAAUUCUUGCACCGCCGAGAUGAUGGACGUGGCCAAAGAGCGCAGCACGCCCCAGAUGGCGGCCCACCAACACCAGCAGCAGCAGCAACAGCAAGCAGGCGCAAAGCCCAAUCAGGUGGGUACGGUGCUGCUGUACGGCGUGCCGAUCGUGUCGCUGCUGAUCGAGUCGCAGGAGCGGCUGUGCCUGGCGCAGAUCUCCAACACGCUGCUGAAGGAGUUCAGCUACAACGAGAUCCACAACCGGCGCGUGGCGCUGGGCAUCACGUGCGUGCAGUGCACGCCGGUGCAGCUGGAGAUCCUGCGGCGCGCCGGCGCCAUGCCCGUGUCGUCGCGCCGCUGCGGCAUGAUCACGCGCCGAGAGGCAGAGCGCCUCUGCAAGAGCUUCCUGGGAGACAACGCGCCGCCGCGGCUGCCCGAGGACUUCGCCUUCGCCGUCCACCACGAGUGCGCCUGGGGCUGCCGCGGCGCCUUCCUGCCCGCCAGGUACAACUCGUCGCGGGCCAAGUGCAUCAAGUGCGCCAUGUGCGGCCUCUUCUUCUCGCCCAACAAGUUCAUCUUCCACUCGCACCGUUCGGGGCCCACGGCCAAGUACGUCCAGCCGGACGCCGCCAACUUCAACUCCUGGAGACGACACUUGCGGCUCAGCGGGUCGCCGCCAGAGGAGGUGGUGCACGCGUGGGAGGACGUCAAGGCCAUGUUCAAUGGCGGCACCCGCAAGCGCCUCAUGGCCUCGUCGUCGUCCUCCUCCUCCUCCUCCUCGUCGGUCUCUCCGCGCCGCCUGCCGCCGCCGCAGCCGCCGCCGCCUCUGCCGCCUCCGCCGCCCCCGCGCGUGCCUCCCUUUCCGGAUCUGCCGCUGCCGCUCUCCAGGAGCCUGGUAAUGGACUACGUGUGGCACCAGAAACAACAGCACUUCGCCUUCCCGCCGUACGCGGCUGCGCUGCCCUGGCUGGCGAGCGCCAAGCUGGGCUUCCCGCCCCCACCGCCGCCCCCGCCGCCUCCACCGUCCGCGCUCAGCCACGCUGACCUGCAGCCCAAGGCGCCGUACCAGUCGGCGUUCCGGCCGGUGCUGCCCGCUGCUGCCGCGGCCGCUGCGGCUGCCGGCGUCGCCGCCGUCGCGACGCCCCAGCCGUCUGCGCCCGCUGCUCUCGUCGCCGCCGAAAACCUCGCUGAGGAAGAGAUCGCAGAGCAGCAAGACAGCCCAGCCGGAGGUGAAGGUUAG